UUUGACUUUUUAAAUUUUUUUUUUUUUUUUUUUUUUUUGCCCCAAAGCACACCCCAAAGCGCACCCCCGGCACAGCGCAGCGCCGAGCGGGACCGCGAGGGGUGAGCGCGGCUCGGCGGGAGCGCGGACGCGGCGGUGGGGAGCGGCCCCCGGCCCGGUCCCGGGUUAAUCGGUAACGCGGAGCAAGCCCGGGUGGAAAAUGCGCCGUGCUCCGGGCUCAGGGGAGGAGAUGGUGCCGUGCCCCCGGCCGCUCUGAGCGCCGAGCCGACGCCGAGGUGUGUGUGGUUUGGGGCUUGGGGUUUUUUUAGUUAUUUUUGCCUUUUUUUGGUUGUUUUUGCCUUUUUUCUCCUAUUUUUUUCCUGCUUUUACAAGAAGGAAAGAAAACGUUACCAAGAUUCUCAGAUGGCUUAGACAAAUUAAUAAUAAUCUGUGAAAAUACGGAGUCGACCGGUUCUUGAUUUCCCCCUUCCCUCCCCUCCAGCUCCCCAGCCCACUGCUGAGAUUGAGCUUAAAGGACCCGUUUCCUGGAGGACGAGGAGAACAGACACGUUUCUGGUGGUGUAGAAGGGACCGAUGGCAAUGCUUCAGAGUGUAGCGGAGACGCAGGAGAGAGAUUCAACCUGUUAACAAAAAAAAAAAUUAAGCAGGGGAAAAUAUCAACGGGAAGGAAAGAUAUAUAUACAUAUAUAUAUACACGUAUAUAUAUAUACGAUUUAGAAGUAUUCCCCAGGUGGCCACAAAGCAUGGGCUGUGUUCCAAGCACCAACCUCUCUGACAGCAGAGUGAUCUGUCACAGUAGCAAUGAGUCUGAGGAGUACAAUUUCCCUCACCAGACCAACACAACCAUGUCUCAACAGCAGCAAGGCAACCCCGUCCCAGGAUUAUUCAUUAAAUGCUACAACACAUCCACUUAUGAGGCGAGGACUAAUUCCUCUAAGAAAGACAAGAGGGAGAACAGCCAGAGCAUGGAGGCAGAGGCCCAGACCGGCAGAUCCAAUGUCAAGGCACCAGUAACAGAUGUGCAGUUUGGCCCUAUGAGACUUCAUCAAGAUCAACUUCAGGUACUUUUGGUGUUUGCUGAGGAGGACGAGCAGAGUAGCGGGUUCCGCUGGGCGUGUGACAAGGCUGGGUUCCGCUGCAAUCUCGCCAGGACACCCCAGGCUGCACUAGAGUGUUUCCUAGAGAAGCACCAUGACAUUAUCAUCAUUGACCAUAGACAUUCCAGAUACUUUGAUGCAGAAGCAUUAUGCAGGUCUAUCAGAACAACGAAAGCCUCAGAAAACACAGUCAUUAUUUGUGUAGUACAAAGGCACACUGAUCGUGAGGAGUCAUCCAUACUGCCCCUGAUCUCUGCUGGCUUCACAAGGAGAUAUGUAGAAAAUUCUAGUAGAAUGGCCUGUUACAAUGAGUUGAUUCAGCUGGAAUUUGGACAGGUGCAGGCACAAUUCAAGCUAAGGGCAUGUAAUUCAUUAUUUACAGCAUUAGAGAAAAGUCAAGAAGCCAUUGAGAUCACAAGUGAAGACCAUGUAAUACAGUACGUCAAUCCUGCUUUUGAAACAAUGAUGGGCUAUCAAAUAGGUGAACUAAUAGAAAAGGAAUUAACAGAAGUGCCUAUAAAUGAAAAAAAAGCUGAUUUCCUAGAUACUAUUAAUUCCUGCAUAAAGAUAGGAAAGGAAUGGCAAGGAAUGUACUAUGCGAAAAAGAAAAAUGGAGAUAGCAUACAACAAAAUGUGAAGAUACUACCUGUCGUUGGACAGGGAGGAAAGAUUAGACACUAUGUGUCAAUUAGUAGACUGUGCAAUGACAACAAUAAGGUGGAGAAGACAUGUGAAUGUAUUCAGGCUGAAUCUCAGACAGAUACUCAGACUUGCAGACACAAAGACAUGAGGAAAGGAUCCCUGGAUGUCAGAUCCACAACAUCCCGUGGGAGUGAUGGCAGCUCCCAGCGGCGCCGCUCCUCCAUGGCCAGGGUCCAUUCCAUGACUAUCGAGGCUCCCAUCACCAAGGUAAUAAACAUCAUCAAUGCUGCACAAGAGAGCAGUCCCAUGCCAGUUGCAGAAGCUUUAGACCGGGCUUUGGAGAUUUUAAGAACCACUGAAUUGUACUCUCCACAACUGGGGACGAAAGAUGAGGAUCCUCAUACAAGUGACCUUGUUGGAGGGUUAAUGACAGAUGGUUUACGAAGAUUAUCAGGGAAUGAAUACAUAUUGUCAGCAAAACAAACUCAUCAGGUUGCUGGCAGUCUGAGCUCUCCAAUCUCCCUCAAUGACAUACCCCCACGGAUAACACAGGCAAUGGAAAAUGAGGAACAGUGGGAUUUUGAUAUCUUUGAACUUGAGGCUGCCACCCAUAAAAGGCCUUUGGUUUAUCUGGGUCUCAAAAUAUUUGCUCGCUUUGGAAUCUGUGAAUUCCUAAACUGUUCAGAAUCCACUCUGAGGUCAUGGUUACAAGUUAUUGAGGCCAACUACCAUUCCUCCAACUCCUACCAUAAUUCUACUCAUUCAGCAGAUGUACUACAUGCUACUGCUUACUUCUUGUCUAAAGAGAGAGUAAAGCAAACUCUGGAUCCAAUUGAUGAGGUUGCCGCGCUCAUUGCUGCCACAGUGCACGAUGUGGAUCACCCAGGAAGAACAAAUUCUUUCCUGUGCAAUGCUGGCAGCGAGCUCGCAAUUCUCUACAACGACACGGCCGUGCUGGAGAGCCACCAUGCUGCCCUGGCUUUCCAGCUCACCACCCGGGAUGGCAAAUGCAAUAUCUUUAAAAACAUGGAGAGGAAUGAGUAUCGAACCCUUCGCCAAGUCAUUAUUGACAUGGUCUUAGCAACAGAAAUGACAAAGCACUUUGAGCAUGUCAACAAGUUUGUCAACAGCAUUAAUAAACCCUUGGCAGCACUAGAAGAAAAUGGGAAUAAUGGUGAUGGAGAGUCAAUCAAAACUGUUCUCAGGUCUCCUGAAAACCGUAUCCUUAUCAAACGCAUGUUGAUAAAGUGUGCUGACAUUUCCAACCCAUGCAGACCCAGAGAACAGUGCAUAGAAUGGGCUGGACGCAUCUCUGAGGAGUACUUUGCACAGACUGAUGAAGAAAGGAGGCAAGGUUUACCUGUUGUGAUGCCAGUUUUUGACAGAAAUACUUGCAGCAUCCCCAAAUCCCAAUUAUCAUUCAUUGAUUACUUCAUUAUUGAUAUGUUUGAUGCCUGGGAUGCAUUUGCCGACCUGCCAAAUCUGAUGGAGCAUCUGAAUAGUAACAUUAAAUACUGGAAAGGACUGGAUGGGAGGAACCUGCGAGUCCUUCGACCACCACCAGAAUAGCAGCUAGACCAUGGUGUGUCAUUCACUAGCCAGAUGCAUAUUUAUUCAAGCUCACUUUUAUCAGUGUGAAUUCAGAUUUGUUUUGGUCUCUUCAGUAUUACAGUAAAGCUAGCCCAUGCACUUGGGGAACUUUCACAUUCAAGAGAACACGAGGUCAGCAGUUGACUCCCACAAAGUCCCAUGUGUGGACCCGGAUGGAAUAAGCCCACCAAGUGGAAUUACACUGGAUUGCUGCAGUACUUGUACUGAAGAGGGUUUAUUACGAACAUACUUCUGUGAUAUCUUCAUACCAGCACGUGAAGCUGGAAGACCUUGAAGAGAAUCCUCAUAAAAAGGACAUUCACUAGAAGUUUAUCUAUUAACAGAGACUCACAGCUUUUAUGAGAAAGCUACAUGCUUUUUAUAAGCACUUCAGACAGUUAUGUAGAACAAUCAGACAUUUAAAAUGCAACUGUCCAUGAAAGAAUUUUUUGAUCUAUGAAAAAUAGAUGUACUGUAUUUUUUCACAUCACAGAAGGUGCAAUCAUUCACUUCUGAGCACUACUGAAAGUGAGUUCUCCUUAAGAAAUUUAGUAGCAAAUGUAAAAAAUAACACAAGAAUUUUUGAGGUUGAUCGUUAGCAUCUAUGAUUAAAAUGUUAUGUUUUAUUUAUUUUGUUAGAUGUUCAAUAUUUUCUAUGAAUUUAUAAAUACUUAAAAGCCAAAGCCAACUUUAGAUGCAUUAUAAAUUUACAUGAUUCAUACUCAUUAAUAUACAUUUAAUUGAUGUACAGACCUUUUAUUUUCAUAAUGCAAAUACAAAAUACUAUACAAUGAUACAUUUUUAUUGCACUGUAAGGAUAGAUGUGUAUGUUUAAAUAUUGUCUGAUUUAUGUUAAUUAAAAUAAGUUUUAUUAAAAAGGUCUCACUUGAGAAUAGUAGAAUAAACAGGAACUGUAUACUGUCUGAGCACCAGAACUGCAGUAGUUCUCCCACAAACCAGUGAGGACCACCUGAUCUUCUCUUGCCUACAAAAAUAAUAAUGUGUUGGAACUCUUUGUUUUCUCCCAUGACAUUUUAUGACUGAACUCCCUGUUAAAGUCUGCCUUAUUUUAUAUAGUAUUUCUACAAAGCAUUCCACAGCGUAUAUGAAGAGGUGAUACUAAGCAUCUAAUGAAUUUCAACAUUUUAUAGCCAAUGUAUUUCCUCUGCCAUAAAAGAAAAAGAACAUAAAACCACCAACACAAACCUUCAACUCAAGAAGUUUGUAAAGGCUGUGUACCUUCACAAUUUGAAUGAAACCUUCAUAGCAACUACCAGAAAAUAAUAAAAUGUAUAUUUUAAGAAGUGUCAAGUCCUACCCAUUUCAUUUGAAAUGUGUAUGCACUUUGUAGUUUGCAGACUAACAAACACAUGAAAUUCUUUUAAAAAUAACUAAGAUACAUUUUGUCUGGGGAAGGGAGAAGUUGAGGGAGUUGAAUGGCAUAAGGGUGAUGAAAGGUGUAGCUGGCAAGCCCCUGUGUUUGUGGCUUGCCCUUGGCAAGCCCAUCAGAGCCUUGUGUACCCUUGGACAAGUCUUUUUGCAGCUCCAUGCAGUGUCAGGCUGUGUUCCACUGGAGGACUCAAGGAGUACCCUGUCAGCCUUCCCAGCCAACAGGAAGGCAUCCAGAGGCACUGAAAGGGCCGCUGACUGUCGUUCCUGCAGAGGCAAUUGAGAUCAGAGACAUCUUGAACCAUUCCUGAAGAAGCAGAAGCUGGGGAGAGGUGGAUGAUGGAGCAGUUCAGGGACUGCAGUAGCAGCCUUAAGGCUCCUGUGUCUCCAUUAGGGGAAAACUGCAUCACACCAUCAGUGUCUCCUCUGCUUAUCUGUUGCAAUGAGGAUAGGAGAGGAAGUUUGGGCAUGAGCAUGUGGGCCCAGAGACCUACAUACAGUACCUUUUCAUCUGGGUGUUUCUGCUUGUCUCAGUAGAGGAAUCAUUGAUAAAACAUUUAAGAAAAUGUUUCUUGAACAUGAAGGAAUUGUGCAAUGGCAAAGGCAUUCCUGCAUAAAAGAGAAGAAAGGAUAAUAGAUAUCUAAUAAUCACUUGCUGGGUGCUGAGGAACAGCACAGGCAAACAGUAGUCAGUUGUGCCCUUCAGUGAGACCAGAAGGGUUUGAGUCAUGACUCUGCAAGGAGUGCUUUGAAAUGAAGUCUCAGAGCUAUUCACAAGCUUCAAAACAAAUAAUCUCGUGUGUGACAUCAUGCCUCCAAGGUACAGGGGUCCCAGGGGUGCUGUUAAAUGAUAGCAGGAUGGAGUGCAGCUUGUCCUGACAUGAUGUUUAGAUGCUGAAAACAAGCUUUCAAAUUUUGCUGCCAUGUCCCUGUGCAGCCCUGUGCUGCUGGUUCAGAACAAAGGCCAGGGAACCCAGAGCCACUAAGCAAAGUAGCUUUGAGGCUUCUAAAUAUAUGAAGAUCUAUGAAUACCUAUGAAGUCUUGGAUCUUCAAGCUCUGCCUCUGGUUUUACAGUAAGUGUUAGGCCAGGAAACAGUCUUUUGGUCUUCUCAUGUUCCACUUUUCCCCCUCUUCUUCCAGCUUCUUUGCUUCCAUUUUUCUUUCAUUUGCUAGGAGUCUUUGAUUUAACUUCCACUGGCUGAAUAUCUCCCUCAAACACACAGCCAUAGUGCUGGGACUAAACCCUGCCUUUCAAACUGAUUCUUGCUGCUUACUACAGCUUUUACCACAAGAAAAUAUUUUUCUUUCUGACUCAAAGUGAGCCUGGAGAAAUAUCCUAUAAUGGCCGAAAGCCUUACAUUGGUAUCCACAGGCAGAAGAAGAAUACAAACAGUUAACUGAAAAAGCUUGUGAGCACUGCAGUGCUGCUGGGGCAGUGGGAAUAUGUGUGCAAGGUCUUUGGUACUGUACUCCCACAUGCAAAAUGAAGUCAGGAGUGUUCCCAGACACCUCUGCCUUUGAGGUUAUGUUAGCAAGCAAAAGCAGCUGGGGACACUUGUUGAAAUUUGAAUCUGCCUUUUCUUGGUUUGCUUGCUCCCCCCGUCGAGUGGCAAGAGUCAUUGCUAGAGCUGAAACUCAUCUUAGUUCAGCCCAUGGUACUUAACAGGAAUCACUUCAUCCUUUUAUCAACCUUUCAUCCUUAGAGGUAGUGAAACAGUGCACUUAUGCAUACAAUUUUCAAAAGGAAGCAAGAAAGGUGAUUCCUCUUUGAAAUAAAAGGAGGAAUUCAGCCAGUGUGUAAUUAUUCAAGUGAGAAGUUGGUCUUGUCUGUAUUUAAUAUUCCAGAGUGGUAUUUGAUGUAAAUCCUUCCCCAGAGUUCAUUACAUUAGCUCUUAGCUCAACCUGAGCAUGCUGAGUGCCAAGUUCAGCAUGCAGCAUGUUUUAUCACCAAGGAGAAUGACGUCAACCUGGUGAUCCUGCAGCUCCCCAGCUCGGGGGAGGAGGUAUGGCUUUGUCUUCAGCCUAAAGAUAAAAUGGAAUAUGUUUGAUGAGAUUUUUGUGGUAUUUGCAGUGUAAAAUGUGUGAGGAAUAUUGCUUUUUACCUCCAGAAAGAACUGUCCCUUCUUGCCUUAAAAAAAAAAACAAACCAAAAAAACCCUCAAAAGUUGAUUUGCUUGUAAUAUUAUUCUACACAGAAAAUUAAUUUCUCCUUUACAGACCCCUAAGCUUUACAAGCAGACCCAUAGAGCCCUUUCACAGGUGGGUGAAAUGAGCUGCAGGGAAGCACAGGGGCUUGUGGGCAUCCACACCAGGGCAAUCCCUGGCCUAGUCCCAGGACUGCCUGCCUGCUGCGGAGGGCUCUGCUGAGAAUCCUGCCCAAAAAUGGGAAGAGAAAUGUAGAAAGCAGGUGCUUUCAUAAAGGUUUGUCUCUGGUGUUUUUCACAGAUACUGGUCAGAGCUCCUGACAUGCCAGAGCUUUGUCCUUCCGCUGCACUGUGUGCCAGGCUCGGAGAGACUCGCGGCAGAGCCGAACGCCAUCGGCGGGCACGGAGUCACAGCGCUGUCCCUACGCCGGGCAGUGCGGCUGUUUGACACUCGGUUACCGGGCAGUGCCGGCUGUUUCACACUCAGUUACCGGGCAGUGCGGCUGUUUCACACUCGGUUACCGGGCAGUGCCGGCUGUUUCACACUCGGUUACCGGGCGGUGCAGCUGUUUGACACUCGGUUACCGGGCGGUGCGGCUGUUUGACACUCGGUUACCGGGCGGUGCGGCUGUUUGACACUCGGUUACCGGGCAGUGCCGGUUGUUUGACACUCGGUUACCGGGCAGUGUGGCUGUUUGACACUCGGUUACCGGGCGGUGCGGCUGUUUCACACUCGGUUACCGGGCAGUGCCGGCUGUUUCACACUCGGUUACCGGGCAGUGCCGGUUGUUUGACACUCGGUUACCGGGCGGUGAGGCUGUUUGACACUCGGUUACCGGGCGGUGCGGCUGUUUCACACUCGGUUACCGGGCAGUGUGGCUGUUUGACACUCGGUUACCGGGCGGUGCGGCUGUUUCACACUCGGUUACCGGGCAGUGCCGGCUGUUUCACACUCGGUUACCGGGCAGUGCCGGUUGUUUGACACUCGGUUACCGGGCGGUGAGGCUGUUUGACACUCGGUUACCGGGCGGUGCGGCUGUUUCACACUCGGUUACCGGGCGGUGUGGCUGUUUGACACUCGGUUACCGGGCGGUGCGGCUGUUUCACACUCGGUUACCGGGCAGUGCCGGCUGUUUCACACUCGGUUACCGGGCAGUGCCGGUUGUUUGACACUCGGUUACCGGGCGGUGAGGCUGUUUGACACUCGGUUACCGGGCGGUGCGGCUGUUUCACACUCGGUUACCGGGCAGUGUGGCUGUUUGACACUCGGUUACCGGGCGGUGCGGCUGUUUCACACUCGGUUACCGGGCAGUGCCGGCUGUUUCACGCUCUGUUACUGUAAGUAAGGCAGACUGCAAGGACACAGCGCGAACGGGAGCGCUCAGGAGCAGGCGAGUCGCCCAGCCACCCCUCUGGGACUGGGCUGGGAACGGCAGGUAACAUCAGACACAGCUCUUGGGGUUAAUGAGGGAGAGAGACUGCAAUUGCUUGUGUACAGACAGUUGUCAGGACAGUGUGAGAGCCAAGUGAAGUACUGUGAAGCACUCCUCUCCUGACAACCAAGCCUAAAAGUGAGCGGCCUCUCCCAGCCCCUCAAAAUCCACACUGGCAGACUCAGUGCCAAUGUGCUGUCCCCUGUUAUGACAGAUCUCGGAGGAGGCAAGGUCAGAAAGCACAAAGUUUUAGCUGCUCUAUCAUGCCAGGAACAAAAAAAAAGCCAAAACACCAACCCACCGUCCAACCAAAAACCACACAGAAACCCCAACAACAAUAACAACAAAACAAACAACCCAAAGUCUUGCUUUAAAAUAAGCUGUUCUAAAUAAACAAGUGUUCUUUGAACCACAGCAGAGUACAUAGGUAACAAUGUUUGUUAAGUAAAUAUCAGUGACAUGUUUAAGUCUGGCUCAGUAGGUAUUGGCAAAGUGAUAUUUGUGUUGUUUUGUUGUAACAAGCGUCAAUCGUGUUUGUAGAAGGUGGUCUGAAAAAAGGGACUUUGGAUUUGGGGUUUUAUUUCUUCCAUCUGCCUACCAGAAGCCCCACUUUGGGACUUAAAGUCCUUCCCAAUGCAUUGAAUGUGGUGAAGUUAUAUUUACUUCAGUGGCUUAGCUCUGUCCAUAAUCUGCCUUAUGAGUGUUACUUCUUACCCCUGGAUCCACUUCCUAGAUUAUUUUGACUUUCUGAAGAAAAUCUGUCCUAAGCCUGGCUGCAAAUAUAUGGUCACAUUAUUAUAGUGUGUACCUGAAAUGCCACCUGAAGGCCCCAAUCCUGCUGGUGGAGGGAGACCCAGGAGCUGCUGAGAGGAGGGGGCUCUCCCUCAGCCUUGCCAGGGCUGUGCUAGCAGUGGGUGUUAUUCUGGUGCUUCACUCUGCAGGAUCAAGCACACACAGAUGCUGCACGGGAUGGUGGCUGCUGGAGGCAACAAUUCAGCUGUGAGUGGAUGGAGCCAUCACUGGGGAAGCCGCUCCAUGGCCCAGCCCAGGCAGGCCCUUUGUUCCCGGCUCCAGCACUAGGUGAGGAGGGACACUGGACAUGCCUUGGAUUACGAUAGUUCUGUCACUGCCUUAGCAGUCCUGUGCCAUGCCUGGUGAUGACCAUGGGGCCAUUCUCCUGAGCAGCCUGCUCUGUACUCAGCCACUGGCAGCACAGCAAUGGAGCUGUUUGGUACCUGUGUGUGGAGUCCCACUGCAAGGGUAUCUGAGCACCUCAGACACCCUUGUCUGGCUCAGAAAAUCUGCACAGUCCAGCGAGAGGGUUGUGAAGUCCUGGGGACUGCCAGUUCAGUUCACCAGCUGGAAAGUAUUUUGCCAGGUUACAGCUAUGGUUUAAACACUUGAGGUGAAAGCUGGUGGUGGGUAGUGGAAUGAUGGGUUCACCAGCAGCCUUGGUGCAUUAGAGGCUCUCUUUCGAGGUUCAAAUGUCCUCAUACCUCUGCUCUGAUACCUGUGUGUUAGCUCUUUCAGGUAUCUACUUGAAAGUGAGAGUGGGGCUCUCAGUUUUUGGCUGAUAGGGGUAAAACAUGUUCCAGUGGGUAGAACUUGGACCUAGAGUCAGGGAGUACAUUUUGAAGCAAAGAAUGGUGCUGUCUCAGCACUUCCAUCCCCUGCACAGGAGCUGUACCCUAGAGCUGCUGUUCCCUGGAUGUCCUGUCAGCACGAGCAGGGCACACAUGGCCACAAGCUGCUCUGCUCACUGGCAGAUCAAGCAACUGAAAGUCUCUGGCCUGCUUACAGCAGGUCUGACAAAGUGACCAUAACAACCUUUUCUGCCCUGAAAAUACUUUCAAUCCUGGUAGGUUAACAAAUGAUGCUGUGCUGGUAUAGCUCAGUGUUGCUAAACCCAUCUUCUGAGGCUUUUGAAACAGAUAUCCAAGAGCAGCUGGUACUAAUCACUGCUGUAGCGGCACACUCAGCUCCUGUUUUUGUGGUUUCUAAAGGUCUGUUUUGGCAAGACUUUUUAAAAGUUAUUUGAGAAAGAACAGACAAGCUUUUGAUACACAGUUCUAUGUAAAAUCUCUUUAGUUUAGCCAACAGCAUUUAUUUGUAGAGACCCUGCAUAUUGUAGAGGGCACUGCUUGUUCCUGGUGAUUCCCUAGAAUGGAAACUUGAACCAAUGAUUUUUGUAAUGAAUGUGCAAUAAAUCUGUGGAAAAGC